AUGGCUCUUGGUGCUUGUGACGCUGCCACGCUGACGGUGCCGACAGCUGGCUAUUCCAUCCAGAACAUCAUUGCGGUUGUGGAGAGCGCAGCAGAUGGCGACAUAGUGGAGAUUGGCCCGGGAAAGUGGACAAACUGUUCGUCCCCCAUCACCGGUCGUGGUCUUGGCAUCACCCUCACCCUCACCGGGGCCGGCAUGGGCACCACCAUCCUCGACUGCGAGCUCUCUAACCACAUCCUCAGUGCCGUACCCGACUUUGACAACUGGACCAUUCGAGAGUUGACCAUUCUGCGAUCGGGCUCUGUCACGGAUGCAGUCGAAACGAAGGGCGGGGUCAUCCUGGUCAAACCUGGUUCAUCGAUCACCUUUGAAUGCGUUGAGAUGGCCGAGUGCGCUCGGUCGGGGCUGUCGCCCGCCACCUAUAAGGGCGGUGCGGUCCAUGUCAACGCCAACGGCUACGUGGGCUUUAUCAACUCAAUCAUACGCGACUCGUACACCUCUGGCCAAGGGGGAGCCAUCACCAUGACCAAUGGUGCUAAUGUGCUCUUCGACAACACUACUAUUGCAAACUGUUCGGCCGACGCCGGUGGUGCCAUGCGCGCCGCGGGCGGCCUGCUUAUCAUCCGAGAUGGCGGUCUGCUGGUCACAGGCUGCACUGCCAGCCAGGCCGGCGGCAUUUUGCUACGUGGCGCCACGCUCGCGGGAAACGGGACGAUCACAUUGCGAAACAACGUGGCGACGACGGCCGACGGCGGCGGGAUUUCCAUCGAGACCGACCGCACCAACGGUACCAUCGGUGCCAUUGUCGCCACCGGAAACUCGGCCGCAGGUUGCGGGGGCGGCGUGUACUGGGGCAACGGUGCCGAGUUGGACGUGCCCGGAGGAGUGGUUUCUUCUGGCAACACCGCCAUGGACGGCGGUGGCAUCUGCUUUGCCAAGGGUCAAAAGGUCGAGUACGUCUUCCUCAACUCGCGGAGCAACAUGACUGGCAACACCGCUAUCCGAUACGGCGGUGGCGUGUAUGUGUCAACCGAAGCAACGUGGAUGAUCAUGGAUGGCGUGACUGUUACCGACAACACUGCUGACGACGGGUCUGGCGUGUUUGUUGAUUCCGGCGGCAAGAACGUCAAGCCGCGCCUGUUCAACAUGGUCAUCACGCGCAACUUUUCCCCCAACGGCGGAGCUCUCGCCCUCGCCCACCAUUCCAAUUCCGAUGUCGAUACCGCAGGCACAGUCUCGUGCGGCAACCACGGGGCCAACAAUGAGCAUGUUGACGUCCACUGUCACGGGCCGAGCCGUUUGGUCAACCCGCUCGGCAUGCACACUCGAGGCCACAUGCUCAGCGGCGUGUCCCACAGGCUGGACUGGGACUCGUUGUGA